AUGCAGCCCUGCACCGCUCUUGUCCUCCUGCUCCUGGCUGCCCGCUGCUUGCACGCCGAGCCCAGCUGCACUCACUUCUCUGAACUCCUGCCCGCCUAUCUCAGAGACCUGAGGAUCAAGUUUGGGGAAAUUAAGGACUAUUUUCAAUCAAAGGACAACGAACUUGGCAUCCAGCUGCUCAGCUCCGACUUGCUCAAUGAGUUUAAGGGCACCUUUGGCUGCCAGGCCGUGUCGGAGGCCAUGAGGUUCUACAUGGAACAAGUCCUACCGAGCGCCAGCCAGGCCAGCGCGCGCCACCAGGAGAGCGUGAGCCGCCUGGGCAACGUGCUGAUGAACCUCAAGGCCACCAUGAAGCGCUGUCACCGGUUCUUCACGUGCGAGAAGCACAGCAAGACGCUGAAGCGCAUCAGGGAGACCUUCGAGAAGAUGAAUGAGAAUGGCAUCUACAAGGCAAUGGGGGAAUUCGACAUUUUCAUCAACUACAUUGAAGAAUACUUGAUGAUGAAGGGAAGGAAGUGA